AUGUUUAUCAGAGUUCGUCUACAAUCGCGAAUGGGUCGUGGCAGAGGAUGGGACAACGCUCCCAAGAGCGCACAACAAGGUCCACAGCCUGCUUCUUGGCAGUUGUGGCGUGGUGCCAACUCACCUUCUGUGGCGCCUUGGAAGGAGCGCCCUACAGCACCGAAGAAUCCGCCGAAGAAGUAUGUCUUCCCCACGUACAAUGGAGCUCCUGCCAAUGCCCCUUUCUCCAACCCUGCGGUUAUCCCCAAGCCUAUCUCGGUUCAGGAGACUGGCCACUUGGUCACGGAUAUGCAGUCCGCCCUCAAUUUUGCUCGAAAGACAGAGGCCAGAGUUGCGAGGCUACAUACUGCAUACUCCCAAGCUCAGGAGCAGUGGGAGGCAUUCGAAACGAAGGCCAAGGCGAACUUCCAGACAGAACGCCGCAGAGCUCCUGGCUUGGUUGCUAUCCCGGAGGUGGAUGGUUCUGUCAGCGCCCUCUUUGCAGGAUGGGCCGACGAAGACACUCGAACUAUGGACGGUGUCCUCCAAAGAGCUCUGGGAGCCGUGAUUCCUCCCAGCACACCACAGCGUGUCACUGGUGUACCGCCUAUGACCGAGCUGCAGGGCCACCUCUCGUUGCUCAGAUUCCUGGUCAAGCCCCCAAACACCCUGGGCAGCGAGAUCGCGAACAGGCUCCAUCAUUCAGCUGGUCCUGCCACUUGGGAGAAUCGCUGUGACCGCCUGGUCAUUCUGACCAUCCAGUCAUACCACGGCCACAUGAACUGCCUCCCCAACAGCUCACCACAGCCGUUGGCACUUGCGAUGUACAUGUGUCCCAGGAUUGAGGGAUUUUUAUCCGUCAUUCAGUUUCCCAGCGUCAUUCGGGCCCUUCAAGAUGGAUAUGCAGCCGUAGUUGCAGACCUCACCAGAGUAGGAGGCAAGUAUUUUCCUGUCAUUCUUCCCAAAAGAAUGUCAUACGAUGUGCUUCACGAAUACCUUCGACCCAUGACCUCUGCACUUCAUGACGAGGUCGUCCUCGACGAUGGCGAGGUUAUUACUAUGCUUGCUGCAGGUACCCCUCCGCCCUCCAAUUCCAGAGCGACCGACCUCUUUGUUGCUGAUGUCCCUUGGUUCCGGCUCGACAAGAACCGAAUCCUGACCUGUGCUUUUCCAAUAGAGGAUCUCGACGUCCAAGGCCUUUUGGCCUUAAACCCCAAUUCCUACACACACAUGUGCCCACACAUCAUGUUCCCAGCAUUGCUGCCGAUGUUGGCAUUGCUCUUCCCAGGCACCUUAGAUGAACCUGAUGGCGAUCCCGAGCCUGCAGCACAGGUCGCAUACCUGCAACCGCCAGCCGGCCCCCCGCCAGCGGUCCCUGUGCACGACGACUCAGUCGAGUCGUGGCCGCCUCCCUGGGAAACUCAUGGCGACACUGUUGCGGAGUUUUAUGACGUUACCCUUCCAUCCGAACACAGCUGGAAUGAAGGUGCUAACAGUCGUGCGAACAGCCGUGGCACCGCAACGCAGGGCACUGCCUGGUCACCCAUUGAUGGUCAUCCGGCUCCACAAGUCAUGCCCGCACCUGAGGAUGGUGGUAGCGAAGGUGCGGCCGCUCCCGCCCCUCAUGUUGAUGAUGUUGCCGAGUCUGAGCCUCGCAUUCCACUAUUUGCGCUUGUGUAUGUGCCAGACAUUUUGCCCGAGCUCCACACCGUACACUUGCAUGUCCCCUGCAGCAGAAGUCAGGCACUCACAGGCCUGUUGUCUGGCAGGUCUGGCGACAGUGCUAUGUACUUUCCUGCUGUGAUUCCAGUUGUGCCCCAGCCGGACCCCGCCUUUAUGAUUUUCGUUGCCAAGCCUGGCUGGUUUUGCUCCAAGCCUGUAGUCCUGUUUGAUUGCCGGCGCAUUGAUCAGACAAUGUUCGCACAGGCUGUCUUUCCGGAACUCAACCGAGAAUCUAUUCUGCUCGCAGCCGGUCGCAGGAGUGCAAUCCCUAACACUAUUCUCAUCCUUGACUGUCGGUACCUCUUGCGGGCUUUCAUGUGGCAGAUUGUGCAAGGGGCCGUCUUUUUGCUACGAGAUGGCAUUGUGCUCACCGUCGCUUAUAUCGAGAACCUGCUUCCUAGCGACACCUCACCAGCACCCAUCGAUCCCCCGGAUGAUGAGCUCUUUCGCUCCUCUGGGAGUGACGACCACCCACGAUGCUGGCAGACCCAGGCCGACCCGACCUUCGUUACACGGCAAAGCCUAGCCGACAUGUGGAGAACCGUAUUUCCACACGAUGCCUUGCUUGAAGGCAUGCGGCAGCCUCCUGGGCAGCCCCGCCGCUAUGUCAUCCUUUUUUCCCUGCCAGCCCGCCCUACAGGCAUGCAGCUUGAAGCCCUGACUUGCGAUUCCGUCGAGCUUCCCAUACAGGAUACACCUGCUGUUUUCGCCAUUAUGACACCGGGAUACACGUUUGAGUGUAUAGAGCUGGACAUUCAUGAAGGUCAGACGGUUCCAAGCUUACUCGAAGCUGUCGAUCCUGUGCGCGACCCGGGUCGGCGUUCGCUUUUUCCAGUUCUGUUGCCAGUGAAUCCACAAGCCGAUGCAAGAUGGGGUUCCCUCAUUGCUUUACCGGCGUGGGCGGUCAACUCUGUUAUUGUCUGCUUUGACAUGUAUGCCUUGGAAGGGCGUAUCUUUGCAGCCCGGGUCCCACCACUCACUGACAGAUAUUGGCUCCUCAGGCUCGCAGGCAUCUCACCACACGCUGCUGUUGAGAUCACUUGCCCUUGCCUUGAUGGGUUUGUUGAAGACGGACAUGAGGUCCGCUUGGCGCCUGAUGACUGUGUUACCUUUGUCGCCCCUACCACAGACAACGAGCCCAUAGUGCACCUUGCUGAGAUGCUCGGGACUCACCUUGGGUGGGCUUCCGGCCCCCCUUUUCCUGGCCAGGCCUCUGACGAUCGCCUCUGCAUUGUCUCUGACGACCGGAUCAUUGACUUUGUUGUUGAGCCAGUUCGAUCAAUGUACUAUAAGGCUGAUAUUGCCUUCAACCUUGGCCUCCGGUCUUGGCUUUUGCACCUCACGCCAGCCCAGCCCGCAGUUCGUGAUUCUGCUGUGUUUGGGCGCCCACAGCGCACGGUUCUUACUGCAGGCGAGCAUUUCAGACGAGGCGGAGCCACUGAGUUGGUCGUCGGGAUCCUCGAUGGCAGGCCUUUGCUGCAGAGUUGGCAGCGACUGUACAUUCAGGACGGUUGGCUUGACUUGAACCGACUUCGCCAGCCUGACAGAUAUUGCACCAGCGGGUUGGCAUGUCUCCCUGCCCGGUUGUCCGGCCCACUGGCAGUGGCUUUGGUUUCAGCCAGGCUAGCCCUCUGCUACCCGACGAUUGUGAAGGUUGGGACCUUCGGACACUGCUUACUGAGGCCGUAUGGCAAGAAGGCAGCACAGCCUUCCUUGAUGCGAGAGCUAUCCUCGAAGUUCUCACCGAGCACUUUUCUCAAGAACCAAUUGAUGACGGCACCGAUCCUGUUACCGUCUGCCUCGAGACACAACUGCCAGUGUCCUGCCAUCAACAGCAGACGCUACAGCUUCAGCGGUGCCGCUCACUCCCUCUUGAAGUUCGCACCAGCCUUGUCAACAUUCCGAUAUGGUGCGGAUCGGGGACACGCCUCGGCACAAUCGGUACCUCCUGACACCCCUUAUUUCCUCGGCGAAGUGCUGGACGAUGCGCUCACCUCCGAGCUGCUUGCUUUGUGCUGGGCCUUGAGUUGGGCUGCGCAGCAUUCGUUGCGCUACGAGGCACCGUUACACUUUUUGUACGACGCCCAAAGCGCUGGGUACGGCACUUUCGGAAAGGCCAGGCCUGCGCGCGGGUCCCGCCCAUCUCACUAUGCGCCCCUUGCUCAAUUUGCUGUAGCGCUCAGACAGUACCUGAAUGCCCGCCGAGCCAUCACACACGCGCAUGUGAAGGGACACACAGGUCAGCUCGGAAACGAAUUGUGUGAUGCCCUUGCCAAGCUUGCUCGCCGUGAUUCUGCCACUGCAUUCGACCGAUGUCUGCCAGACUGGCCUUCGCGCUGGGCUGCACACCCCCUCGCCGAAUGGGCGUGGGCUACUGUCCCAGGCCAGUGUGACGUCCCUCGCCUCUUUUGCUUUGACGUCGAAGUUGACCUUGCACAACAUAAACCUCUCCCCACGGUGGCCCCGCCUCAAGAAGCAGUCAUCAACUCAGCCGGUCCUGCUGGGGAGGUGCACUUUGCGUUCUCCUGCGUGAGCCUCAAUGUUUUAACAUUGCGCGAUCGCCCAGCCGCACCGGGACAGGAAACCACUGUUGGCAUGCGAGUGCUUGGCCGCAAAGAUGUCCUGAAGGCUUCACUGCAAUCUGUUCAGCCUCUCUUCGUAGGACUCCAGGAAACCCGCUUGCCACAAUCCGAGUCUCAGCCUGACUCCGACUACCUGAUUUUUACUGCUGCUGCCACCGAGCAGGGUACUGGCGGCUGUUCACUGUGGAUUGCAAAGGACAUACCCCUGUUUUCAUGUGGAGGUGUGCCCACGUUUAUACGACAGAGCGAUGUGACAGUCACUGCUACAUCCCCUCGACACCUUGUGGCUUUGAUCCAGACUGCCAGGCUACAGCUACAGGUGCUCGUCCUACAUGCUCCGUCUGCUGCCACCAUGCCAGCCACAACUGUCAGGGACUUCUGGGAUGCCCGGGCCACCGAUAUCGUGCAAAGACCCGAAGGUUCGGACUUCCUUGUGCUUUGCGACGCGAACUCCAGACUAGGAGACGUAGUCUCGGAGCUUGUGAGCGACCAUGGUGCCGAAGCCGAAAACAUCGCAGGUGGACUUUUUCACGAAUUUCUUGCUAAAGUCGAUGCCCUAGCACCUUCCACUUGGUCACAGUGGCACUCCGGGUCCCAUGCUACCUGGGUCUCCUUUACAGGAUUGCAAUCCAGGAUUGAUUACAUCUUGGUACCCCGAGAGUGGAAAGUUGCCGCCUUGCAGUCGUGUGUCCUCCCACGAGUGGAACAUCUACAGCUGCGAGAUGAUCACUUUCCAGUUCAUCUCCUUUGCCAAUUCGCACGCCAACUACCCAAGCUUGUCCAUCAGAAUGUGAAAAAGCAGGUGGUACGCCCUGGCCCUGCCGCUGCUGGCCCAGCCGCUUGCGCAUUGCUGAAUUCCACAGUCCCCGUACAAGCCUGGGACGUCCCCAUUGACGAACACUAUGGCGUACUAGCGCAGGCUUGGCGCACUGUUGGGCGGUCUCUGGAGCCCGAUGCCACACCUGUUCCCCGCCAGCCGUACCUUUCUGCAGCGACUCUUGAAAUUGUGAAGGCACGCCAAGACAGCAGGGUACGCCUUAAGUUCUUGUGCCGAGAGCGUGCCUACCGCUGGAAACUCAUUUCCUUUGCUGCUUUUGUCAAUCACGCCGGCCACCUUUCUUUCAGUCACGCCAGAACUGCCGUCGCUGACAGAUGGCUUCGUGACCUUGAUGGCGAGGAGGCGCGCAUGCUCGCGCACCAUGUGCGCCUUGGCCGCGACAUCCGGCGCUCUGUCGCCUUUGACAGAACUCACUACCUUGAUGGUCUUGCGUCUGAGGUCGCGCAAGGCAAUAUCGGUGACGCUAAGGCUCUUUAUCGAGUACUCAGACGCGCUUUUCCUGCAGCGCGCUCCGCCAGACGACAAGGGAUCACCCCACUCCCGAUGCUGAUGCUCGAGGACGGGACUGUCGCACAGACUACCAGCGCUCGAGCAGAGGCCUGGCGCACGCACUUCUCCGCACAAGAAGCUGGUAUAGCUGUUAGCGGCCCUGAGUACGCUGAGGCCUUCGCACACUGUACCAUUAUUCAGGCACGGAGCUUGGAUGUCUCCCUUGUUCCCACGCUUGCUACUGUCGAGAAACACAUCCUCGCUACCAAGAGUGCCCGCGCUGCCGGCCCAGACGGUAUCACUGCCGAACUCCUCCGCCUGGAUGCACCUAUCACAGCGCGGCAGCUCCUCCCUGUCUUUCUUAAGGCAUCCCUGCAUGUGCAAGAGCCCAUCACAUUUCGAGGUGGUGACCUCGUAUGCUUGGCCAAACGCGCGGGUCAGGCUCUAACGUGCGAGGCAUAUCGAUCCAUCCUUGUCUCUUCGGUGCCGGGGAAGCAAAACCACAGAGGACUUCGAGAAUCUCUGAAGCAUCUCCUUCUAGGUAGCCAGCCACCUUUCCAAGCAGGUGUUGCCGCUGGACAAGGGAUCGAGGGCAUAGCCCUCGCAGUUCGCACCUUUUACACGCUCUGUCGAGCCAAGAAUGUGCCAGCCUCGCUCGUCUUUUUCGAUUUGCAGGCCGCCUUUUAUCAG